AUGCACUGCCAACAUUCGCCAGCUGAACGAAGAAGUCACCACAAUAUCUCAGACUCCCCGCUGUUCCAUUAUCCAUAUCUGAUUAAACUCACACCUCACCGAUACUUAGCCUGUAAUCACUCUUUCACAGGUAGACGACAUUCUUUCGGAAUAGAGCAUGCAUAUCAGGUGGGAAACCGCCUCCAUUUGGGGUUCUCAAGGAAGAAGUACGGUAUGCGGUCGAAGGGACUCUCAUAUCUUUUGAGUGCCGGCGGUGGUACAUCUUGCACUUUGCACAGCCGCAUCUGUAUUACCAGGCGUCACCGUCAUUUCUUGGGGGAAAACUGCUCCGUGCUAUCCAAACUCGAAACUUAA